ACACCAAUGAAUGGGGCGUACUGAUCAGAUUCAACCAAUGAAAUGCUCCUUCCCAGUCCGCACUCAAAUGCUAUUGGCUCCAGCUAUAGUCAGUCUUCGAAGGAGUCAGUACAUGAAAGUGAACUAAAACGAUUCUUAAAAGAUUCGUUCAAAACCCCCGACUCGUUCAUGAACAGCUGCUUUUCCAACUCUAACAGUUAAGAAAGAUGCGAUUAAUUUUGCAGCCAAAAGUAAAAUAUAUAUUAUGAGGAAAAGUAGCCUAAUGUUUCAUACGAUAUCAUUAAAUAGAGUUUGAGUUUGUUGAGCUCAAUGCACAUGCAAGACUCCUAUUUCAGUUUCACUUUUACAAACGAAUCAGGAAACCAAAGCAGCCUAUACGAACCUGUGAAGUUUAAGAUCAUGUUUUGUCAUAAAGUGUAAACAAUCAAGGUUUAAAGAUAAGUGAUUAUGGAAAACCGACAUGACGAGAAUGCUGUAAACCAUUCGACCACUCUGACGAAUAAACAGCGUGGAAAUGAGGUCACAGUCCGACCGGCCACUUUAGACAACCUCUCAAUUCAUCAGCUGGCAGCCCAUGGAGAGAUUUCACAACUGGAGGUACAUUUAUCCAAAGACAGCUCUCUGCUUAACAGUCAAGAUGAGCGAGGUUUCACACCACUAAUGUGGGCUGCUGCAUUUGGAGAGAUAAUGAUGGUGGAGUUCCUCCUUCAGAAGGGAGCAGAUCCGAGAACACUGGCUCGGGAACGAGAAAGUGCUCUGUCUUUGGCCAGCGCAGGAGGAUUUGCAGACAUUGUUAAUAUUCUCCUACAACAUGGCGUGGAUAUCGAUUCCUAUGACUGGAAUGGUGGGACCCCUCUUCUGUAUGCAGUUCGUGGGAAUCAUAUAAAAUGUGUUGAAGCUCUCUUGAGAUGUGGGGCAGAUAUCACAUUUGAGGCCGACUCUGGCUACAGUCCUGUUGCUCUCGCUGUUGCAUUAGGCCACAAAAAAGUGCAAAAACUGCUUGAAGAUCACAUUUUGAAGCUGUUUCGGGGACCAGUUUCAGAGUCUGACAAUACAUGAAGCAGAGGACUGCUCUUACAAGACCUUACAAUUAUCCUGCAUAGUUUAUAGCUUUAUUUUGACAUGGACAAUGUGAAUAACUGUUUUUGUAUUUUUUUUGUAUUUUUUUUUAUUAAAAACGCUUUUACAGA